AUGCCGGACGGAGCUAUUGGCCAGCAUGAGGGAUUUCUCCACGAUGUUGGCUGCAACGUUGACGUUUAUACCUCUAGAAUGCGGGAGGACAUCUUAACCAUGUUGGGCCGUUACGUAAAUCAACAGCACCAAAGCAUCAAGGAGUCUUUACACGCUGAGGCUGUCCGCCGUGAAAAUGCGAUACUCGACGAAAGGCGCAAGAUAGAGGUGACGGCUGUAGGCGCAUUAAGGGAAGUCGAGAGACAAAAAGAAACUAUGUCUCGUCUUGUUGGGGGCUUGGGUAAUGCGAAUCGGCGGAUGUGGAUGCAGAAGCGGUUUCACGAUUGGGAAUUGUGGGUGCUGAGGAAACGCCACCGUAAGAAACUGUAUAAAACCAUUGAAUGCCAUAUCAAUGGCAUUCGUGCUUACCAUGUUUACACGCAAUGGCGUCUUCUCGCGGCUGCACGGCGGCAUCACCGACUCGCAGUGGCUGAGCAGUCGCAAUGGAAGUGUAGUGAGGCUGAGUUGGUUGGGCAAUUAGAGGUUUUGAAUAAGGUAAUAGAGGAGGAACGGCGCCACAGCGAGAACUUAGAGGAGAAAAUGAGGACAGCGUUUGUCCGUGGGGUUUGUGCGUUGAAUAAGGAGGCGGUGCAGGUACUCAAGGGAGCGCAACUGGCCGAUCCACAAGCGUCUCCCUUGUGCCCGGGCGGCAUGCGGGCAACUCGCACCUCACCUCCACGGUACGGUGCAACACGUGGCGUUAGUAAUAUAUUUGACGGGUCUACGUUUCAUACCGGUGCAGGGACAACCAUGACGGCGGGGCGGACAGCAGAUGCCGAGGACGCGACCCCGCUUACGGGGCAGUUCCUUCCAGAAAUUAGGGAUUGCUCACCCACCCCCACGAAGACUACCCCCGCGAGGGUCACUCCCCCACGACACCACGCCUGUUAUGCGCCUGCUACCUGUGCGUACAGCGCGAGGACACUCCCCCAUCAGCCUUUCGUCGUUUCUGUUGAUCCCGCUGCAGUUCGCAGUUAUGGCGAUGUACCGGCCUCCAAAAAGCCACCCUAUGUAGCACGCAGACCCCCCAUGGGCUUUGGCUCGCGUUCUACUCGUUAA